AUGGACCCCCGUUCGUGGUUCAGCAGCCUCACGGGCUACUUUGUCUACAUCCUCUCCGUCGCCACCCUCGGUCCGUUGCUCUUCGGUUUCCAUCUGUCUGAGCUGAAUGCACCCGAAGAUGUCAUCCGCUGCAAGAAAAAGUCCAUCAGGAUGGCCGUCACCGGCCUGGGCCUCCCACAGUGUAUCGAGAUGACGCCCACCGAAUGGGGCGUCGUAGGGUCGCUCUACACACUCGGAGGUCUCAUAGGCGCCCUUUCCGCAGGACCGUUGGCCGGAAGGUACGGAAGGCUCCGGGCUAUGCAGAUGUCGACUAUCUUCUUCGCCGUGGGCCCCAUCUUCGAGGCCCUGAGCUUGAAUAUCAGCGUCAUGGCAUUUGGGCGCUUGCUCUCGGGAGUGGGCGCUGGAGCUUCAGUCGUCAUCGUGCCUCUCUACAUUUCGGAAAUCGCGCCCCCGGGCGAGAAGGGCUUCUUUGGGGCCUUCACCCAGAUCGGAUGCAACGUUGGUAUCUUGAUCACGCAGCUGUUGGGAUACUUCUUGAGCCACGACUCGUACUGGAGGCUGAUCUUGGCUAUUGGGGGUGUCAUAGGUGCGGCACAAGGUGUAGGACUAUUGCUGUCUGUCGAGAGUCCCAAGUACAUUGCGGAACAGGGCAACGUGUCGCUGGCUAAGAAGACACUGCGCAAGAUGCGGGGAGAAGAUGCGAACAUCGAGGAGGAGGUAAAUGAUUGGGGAGUGUCUGGUUCGACUGAUGUCAACGAGGAAGAGCAGACAUUAUUGAGCAACCAGGACGAAUCCGUCAAUGGGAGGCCCAAACAGUCUGGCAAGGAAGAGACUUUGAGCAUCAUGCAAGUCUUCCGUCAUGCCGACUACCAAAAGGCUGCCAUUGCCGUGGUCAUGGUCAUGUUGGCCCAGCAAUUCAGCGGCAUCAACAGCAUCGUCAUGUACGGCGUAUCACUCUUGGCUGGCCUGCUCGAGUCCAACUCGGCUCUGCUCAAUCUUGCUGUCUCGGCGCUGAACAUCAUCGUCACGGCUAGCUGCGCGCCUUUGGCCGAUAAGCUGGGUCGCAAGGUCUGCCUCCUCAGCUCCCUCGCAAUCAUGGGCACGAGCUCGCUUCUGCUUGCUAUUGGCAUCAUCAAGGCGAUUCCCGUCCUAUCAGCAGUCGCAGUUCUGCUCUUUGUGUCGGGCUUCGCCGUUGGCCUGGGACCGGUGCCCUUCAUUCUAGCGAGCGAGCUGGUAGGGCCGGACGCCGUUGAUGCGACACAGAGUAUCGCGCUCGGGGCCAACUGGAUCGCUACUUUUAUCGUUGCGCAAUUCUUUCCCCUUGCGAGCGCGAAGCUGCACGGGAAAGUCUACUUCAUCUUUGCUGCACUCUCGGCAUUCUUCUUUGCAUUCAUCUCAUGGUAUGUGCCCGAGACCAAGGGCAAGAAGAAUGCGGAUGAAGUCUGGGGUAGGGAGCGUCGCGUUGACUAG